GAUGAACAAAAUGAAACAAAUGAAAAAAAACAGAAAAAGACUUAGAGACACUGGGAAGUGACAGGUGGUUACCAUGGGGAAGAGACUGAGGUAAGUGGGUGAAAUAGAUGAAGGGGAUAAAGAAGCGCAAAAUCCAAAUCAUAUUUAGGUUAGUCAUGGGAAAGAAAGAGAACACAGCACAGGGAUACAGUCAGUAGUUUUGUAAAAUCUUUCUAUGUUGUCAGAUAGUAACUACACUAGUUGGGUGAGCAUUUAAUAGCAUGGAUUAUAGUUGGAUAACUAUGUUGUAUUUUUGAAACCCAUAUCGUUUAUCAAACUAUAUUUCAACAAAAAAGGACACAGGAAAAUGGUCAGGAUGGUCGUAGGAGUGCAGUGAAGAUUAAGUGCAGGGACACAGAUGCAAACAUUGGAAGCACACGGGAAGGGAAAGUGAGUGAUAACGUGAGAGCCUGGGAGUGGCCCUAACACAGCAGGGCAGUGACAAGGAGCUGCUCCCUGCCCCCCACCAAGUCCGGCGCCUCUGGGCCUCGGGGAGGGCACCCCACUGCCCUCCUUCACAGAAGCACCCAAAAAGAGACUAAAAGACGCCUCUGCUCUCAGGAUUAUUUUUACUCUUCACCAGUGAAUGUCAGGCGUUUGGGAAUUUAAAGGGAUGGUCCCCAAAAGAUAAGGGCAAGGCCUUACUGUAAAGGAGAGGUUACCUUCCCAGUGCCACCUGCACCGACUGUGAAGGUCCUUCCCUGGAAUUUAUUUUUCUGAAUUGCCACGGAGGAACAUUUUUCUCUAGAUCAAUACCUGAUCACUUCAACUCCUAGGAUGCAAAUGUAUUCUCAUCCCACAAGCAUGGUUUAUUCACCUUAAUUAACUAAAAAUGACACCGAAGUAAACGUAACACUUAUUAAGUUGGACCCGUGAGAAAACGAAAAGGCAGGACUUUUCGCAAACCUAGUGAUUAUGUAACCAUGAAAAAUGACACAUUCCAAACAAAACCUAAGUACCCAGGGAGAGCUCAUACACAUUCCUUGCCACCUGGGGGCACCUGGGCUCACACUGGGGGACCAGCCCCGUGCACAGCACCCGUCCCAUCACAGGACCCAGUGUCCCUAAUCCUGUCUCCUGAGUUUCUCUCUUCCUAAGGAAGCGCGGGGCUCACUGUCCUCAGAACCGCUUCCUGGGCCCAAGUCACCUCACUGCCUCUUGGGGAAGAGCAAGCAAACCCACUCUGCAGGGGGAUGGGCCCGACCCAGCCAUCACUCUGCUCCCGCUCCCCAGGGGUCCUCCCAAAGCAGUGUCCCUCCCCUGCCCUGACUCUCACCUCCUACUGAGCCCUCGCCAACCUGUGCUGCUUUGGGGAAGCGCACCUCUUCACCCAGAAUGUGUUACUGGCUCUGAAGUGGGAUCACGUGAGUGCUGUGUCCUGCUGGGCCCAGGGGGCCUCACCUGGAGAGGCCGACCGGGGGGCAGGACGAAUCCUUCCAGGAUACUUGGCUCCUCCUGGAGGGAGGGUCACAGGUGGGUCUUCCCUCUCUGAAUCACAACGCUGGUUCCCAGAAACCAUUACAGAGCAGGUUCUCUGGACUGUGCCAGGCCUUUGCAGCCUCGAUGCCCUCAGCUAGCAGGCCCGUCUGCCUUCAACACCAUCAUCCCCACACAGCCCAGCCAUGUCAUCCUACAGCCGAGUGGUGCUGGUUACUGGGGCCAACAGGGGCAUUGGCUUGGCCAUUGUACGCAGCCUGUGCCAGCAGUUCUCGGGGGACGUGGUGCUCACGGCGCUGCACGCAGCACAGGGUCAUGCGGCCGUGCAGCAGCUGCAGGCCGAGGGCCUGAGCCCGCGCUUCCUCCUGCUGGACAUCUGCAACCGGCAGAGCAUCCGGGCCCUGCGGGACUUCCUGCUCAAGGAGUACGGGGGCCUCGACGUGCUGGUCAACAAUGCGGGGAUAGGCUUCAAUGAUGAUCCCACAAGAUUGCAUUUUCAAGCACAAAUGGCCAUGAAAACCAACCUUUUUGGUACCCGAGAUGUCUGCACGGAGCUGCUGCCUCUAGUGAGACCCCAAGGCAGAGUGGUGAAUCUCUCUAGCACACUGAGCUUGGUAGCUAAAACCUGCAGCCUGGAACUGCAGCAGAAGUUUACAAAUGAGACCAUCACAGAGGAGGAGCUGGUGGGGCUCAUGAACAAGUUUGUGGAAGAUACAAAGAAUGGAGUGCACUUGAAGGAGGGCUGACCUUCUAUGAAAUUGGUUCCCUAUGCAGUGUCAAAGGUCGGCCUCACAGUCCUGUCCAGAAUCCUGGCCCGGAAACUGAGUGAGCAGAGGACAGGGGACAAGAUACUCCUGAAUUCCUGCUGUCCCGGAUGGGUCAGAACCGACAUAGGGGGACCCGAGGCCUUGAAAAGCCCAAAGGAAGGAGCAGAGACCACCGUGUACUUGGCCCUUUUGCCAUCAAAAGCUGAAGGCCCUCACGGAGAGUUUGUUUUGGAGAAGAAUGUUGUACAAUGGGAACCUGGCGUAGAGCUGCCUGCAUGGAUGCAAAUAUAUGGAGAGCUGUGACUGACCAAAAGGACCUUAAUACUGUCAAAAGUGUCCUAGCGCAAACAAACAAUAAGAAUGAUGGAGUACUCACUCUGAGUGGGAUACCAAUUCUGUGAAAUCUUUAGUAAUUUCCUCUGUGAUAAAAGGGGUCAAAAAGUGGGAAGAUGAUAAUAAUGAAUGAACAUCUUAGAUGAAUAAAUGGUUCUUUACAAAUGUCUGUUUGUGCUGAUUGUUUACAGGCCAGCCAGCUCAGGGAGUUAAUGACAUAAAGGUUAGGCCAAAGCAAGGGACAGGAUAACUCAGGGGUUGGCAAACAGUAUAGAAUGAGCCAGAUACAAAUGACAUUCAGCUUUGCAGACUACAUGGAACAGGCCUGAUGCCUACUUCACCAGCCUCUUGUUUUAUUACCUGCAUGAAACCAAGGAGAGAAUGCAUAGCUGUGCUUUCACACCAAACUGUUUGAGAUCGAAACGGUAGCAAAGUGUGAAUUCUCAGACGGCCUUUGUAAGAAAUACACAUCCAUGAAGGAAUCUGAAAUAACUGGGGGUAGAAUGAACAUGGAUUAGGUCCAGAUUUCAUAACUAUUUUUCAUUAAACAUAUGCAAACUUAUUAGAAAGAAAAGUGAUGGCCCCUGAAGCAAGGGUAGGGCCCUUAUUUUAAAAGGGAUGUUGACCUUGCAAGUUUCAACCUCAACAGAGCUGUGAAUUUCCUUCCCUUAACUUGUUUGUCUAAACUGAUAUAGCACUAAAAUCAAUUUCUGUGAUAGGACAUUUGAUUCUCAGCUGCUGGUCUGUAAAUGUAUUUUGGUAUCACAAAAAAAUUUCUUUUUUCUCCAGAGGUUAAAUAUAAUAGCUUAUUAGAUAUACCAUUUCUUAACUUUGACCUGGAACAGAACCAAUAAAUUUGACAUUUUGUAGAUUUA